AUGAUGGACUACAUAUCAGUGAGUGAUGACUCAUCACAUGUUUCACUACUAAAAGAUUGUGGUCACGGAGCCGAGAAGAUGACUACAAAAACUGCAGCAAGUACGAUGGCGUUACACCAGUCGACGUCCUCAUUUCCAUAUUCAGCGACAUCCCUAGCCAACACCACUACAACAGAAAUCCCGACAACUGCAUCGGCUCCGACAAACACACUACCAUCUAGUACGGCAUUGGCUUCGACAACUACGGAAUCUUCGCAUUCGACUCCCACGACCGAAGCUGCAACGAGCACCACGACAGCAGAAAUCCCGACAACUAGAUCUGCUCCGACAAGCACACUACCAUCUAGUACGGCAUCGGCUUCGACAACUACGGAAUCUUCCACGACCGAAGCUAGCACCACGACAGCAAUAACUUCAACAGCCAAAGGGUCGACAUCGGUUUCAAUGGAAUCGCCUGCGACAUUCAACCACAGUGCCGGUGACAACAGGUGA